AUGCCUCGUCCGGGGAGGAACACGUACAGCGACCAGAAGCCUCCGUACUCAUACAUCUCCCUCACGGCCAUGGCCAUCCAGAGCUGCCCGGAGAAGAUGCUGCCUCUCAGUGAGAUCUACAAGUUCAUCAUGGACCGGUUCCCGUACUACCGGGAGAACACGCAGCGCUGGCAGAACUCUCUGCGGCACAACCUGUCCUUCAACGACUGCUUCAUCAAGAUCCCCCGCAGACCGGACCAGCCCGGCAAGGGCAGCUUCUGGGCUCUGCACCCGAGCUGCGGGGACAUGUUCGAGAACGGGAGCUUCUUGCGGCGCAGGAAGCGCUUCAAGGUGUGCGGCAUGCUGACGACGGACCCACUGACCGCCAGCAAGCCGCAGGACGCAUACCUGCAGCAGCAGGCCAAGCUGCGGCUCAGCGCGCUGCACGCUCACCUCCCUCUGGCCGGCUUCAGCCUGAGCUCUGCGUCGCAGCCCUCCAGCUUCAAACACCCGUUCGCCAUCGAGAACAUCAUCGCCAGAGAGUACAGGGUGCCCAGCGGGCUGGCGGCCGGGUACCCGCUGCACAGCCCGCUGAGCCCGGCCUGGCCGCACAGGUACGGCUCCGGGGUGGUGGACGGGUCGGUGAGCAGCGACUACUCUUCCUACGGGAUGAAGCCUCUCUGUCCCGGGCAGAGCCUCCCCGCCAUCCCGGUGCCCAUCAAACCCACGCCCACCUCCAUGCCGGCUCACCUCCCGGCUUUCCUGGCCAACUCUCCCCCGGCUCUGAGCCCCACAGCCCCGCAGACGGCCGCCGGCCAGAGCAGCCCUGCGGCGGCCGGAGAGGCUCUGUGCUCCACGGCCUCCACGGUGUCGGUGCACUGA